CAAGCAGCACAACUUAUAAGUUUAAAACAGAAACAAGAAUUCAUCAAUAGUAGCAUGCAGGCAUCAGGUAUAGCAUAAAUAUAAUAGCAACAAAACUUUAUUAUAAUUAUUAUUAAAUUAAAAGGGUUUAAUUCUAAAGUCAAACAAAUUGAAAGAGAAAAAGCUGCAAGCACAAAAAAGCAAAUGUUAUUAAGAGAAAAUGAACAUUUACAAUCUACUCUAAGGAUCAGAAUAAGUCAAAAGGAAGUACUACAAGACAAUGAAAAAGAAAUUGAGGAACUACGGGAAAGUAUAUCGUCUACUAGUGUAGAGCUGAUUAAAAUACGACUUUACAAUAAAGAAAUGAAAUCCACACAGACAGUGCUAUCAUCCAAUGGGUCUAUCUGUGAAGCUCAAGAUGAUUAUAAUGGACUAGUUAUUUCAUUCAAAAAGGGUGAUCUACUUCAGUUAAGUACAAAUGGACAUGAGGUACAAUCACUGGAGACUGGACAGAAGAGUGCUGUUCGAAUAAAAUACAUUGGAUACUCAAGAGUAGAAUUACUUUACUUGUUUCAGUUUGCAGUGACAAAGAAAGGAUUAUCCCUCCUACCUGCUCUCCUUGAUGAUGGUGAAAAAGCUGAAUAUUUUAUACUAGAAAUUACUGAUGAUCUUACUAUACUACAAUCAUUGAGGGAAUUAAUUGCAAAAGAUAAAUUAUUCAAGGCUAAUUAUAAUUUUGAAGGACAAAAUUCAGAUGAAUUAACUUUAAAGAAAGGAGAAGUUCUUAAAGUUGUUAAAUAUGAUGAAGAUAAUGAAUGGUGGUAUAUGCAUUCACUUCGUACAGACAAAGAAGGAUAUGUACCAAUUAAUUAUAUAAUACCAAUAAAAGGAGGAUACUCACUAAUGUACUACAAAUACAUCUACUAUCACAAGGUGAGUCGUGAUGAAGCAAAAAAAAGACUGAGCCAAACAAUCACUCAAGUGGGUACUUUCUUAAUGAGAGAUAGUGAAAGCAAACCUGGACAGUAUACCCUCUCCCUUAUUGAUGGAUUUACUAUCUGGAACUAUCAUAUAAGCAUUGAGAACGACAAGUAUUAUUUAUUUCCUCAUGUCCAGUUUGACUCACUCAAUGACCUGGUACAUCACUACAUGAUGAAAGCUGAUGGUCUGAAAUGCUCAUUAACAGUUCCUAUACCCAAACAAGUAAACAGGCCCAUUGCAAUGAAUAAAGAGUGGGAAAUUAAUAAGUCAUCAAUCAAGUUUGAACAAUGCAUAAGUGUAGGACAAAUUGGAGAGACAUGGAAGGGUGAUUGUAAAGGUAAAGGGUCAAUUAUGAUUAAGACAAAUAUAGCAACAGAUAUUACACAAAAAACAUUCAUUAAAGAGGCCAGCAUAUUGGCAAAACUUCAUCAUAUUAAUGUCAUCAGUUUAUAUGGUGUUUGCACUGAAAGCUAUCCCUUUUAUAUUGUAACAGGACCGAUAAUAAAUCGAAAUCUCAAAGAUUACCUAAUUACAAGUAAAACUAUACCAGCAGAGUCGGUAGAUAUUGCUAUUCAAGUUACUGAUGGUAUGAUUUAUCUAGGAGAACAAGAUUACAUUCAUUGUGAUCUAAGAGCUAUCAAUAUACUAUUAGGAGAGCAUAACACUGUCAAGAUAGCAAACUUUCAUCUUGCUCAACACCUCAAUGGCAAUAAAUACUGGACUGUUGAGGAAGGUACUAAGCUAGCUAUAAGAUGGACACCACCUGAAGGAUACACUUUAAACCGACUGAGUAUUAAAUCUGAUGUUUGGUCAUUUGGUAUAUUACUAUGGGAACUGGUUACCAAAGGAAAGGAACUAAAUCCUUAUAUGACAGAUAAAGAAGUAAAGGAAGCAGUUUCAAAAGGCUGUCAUAUGUUCAUACCCCGAGACUGUCCUGAACCAUUUGAUCAACUUAUGAUAAACUGUUGGAAACAUAAUGAUGAUGAGAGGCCCAAAUUUAAGGAUAUCUUUGAUGUACUUAUCACAUAUGAUAUUCAUAAUACUUAAUAAAAUGUAUUGAUAUAAAGUUCUUGCAGCCUAAGGUAUUUAUUC